ACACACACACUGUUAAAUACACACAGAUGCAUUUCACUGACUCCUUUCCUCCUCAGACCUUCUCCAGGAGAACAGUGAAGAGAGGGGAGCUCCUCUAUUUCAAUCACAAUAGAGUGCAAAUAUUAAUCUCACUCACCUAGGCUUCUUAGGAUACACACAACACACACAAACACACACACACACACACACUGGUGUGUCCUGAAGGUGUGUGAAGGAUGGCAGGCCGGAUGCAGCUUCUGGUGGCCGUGACUCUGAUUCUGACUCUGAAUUUAUCUGUGGAUGCCGAGUCAACUGUGUAUAACCUCCUGACGUCACCAGAAUGUUUGCCGGACCUCCUGCACGGAGGCCUUGCAGAACAGGGAGUAGUGGAGCUCUUCAUUUUGGCCACGUUCCGCCUUCAACCGAGAACUGGAACUACCGUAUUUGGGCUCUACAAUCCUCAAGACAACAGCAAAUACUUUGAGUUCUCUGUUCUGGGCAAACUGAACAAAGCUACACUGCGUUACCAGAGAGGUGAUGGCAGGAUAGGCACAGUCACCUUCAACAACCUUAAACUAGCAGAUGGGGAGAAGCACCGCCUCCUUUUCCACCUGAAGGGCAUGGAAAUCAGGGGUCAGGGGCCACAGCCAUAUGGCCAAGCAAUGCUGCCUGUGCCUGGUGUGGAGCUGUAUAUGGACUGCCGGCUGGUGGAGACAGUGAGAGAUUUACCAGCUGUGUUUAACGGCAUUGAUGUGAACCAGGGGGUGGAGCUGAGGACCAUGCAGGGGAAAGCAACGGAGGACCUGGAGGAGCUGAAACUGGCCUUUGGAGAUUCGAUGGAGAAUGUGGCAUCGCUGCAGAACUGCCACACUCACCAGAGUGACUCUGUGCAGACACUGGGGCUCAACACCAAACAGCUGACCAACCAAAUGCUAGAGCUGACCAAAGUCAUAAACGAGCUGAAGGACGUUCUUAUUCAGCAGGUGAAGGAAACCUCCUUCCUCAGAAACACCAUCUCUGAGUGCCAGGCCUGUGGCCUGGGCGGGACCCCGGUGAAGCAGAAGUGCACUCCUGGUGUUUGUUUCCGUGACGACAUGUGUAUCGAGACGGCGGACGGGGUGGAGUGCGGCCCCUGUCCUGAUGGGUACACUGGAGACGGGUACAGCUGUGAUGAUGUAGAUGAGUGUCAAUUCAACCCGUGUUUCCCAGGAGUGCGCUGUGUGAACAUGGCUCCAGGGUACCGCUGUGAGGCGUGUCCUCUUGGGUACACUGGCAUGGCUGUAGAGGGAGUGGGAGUGGCCUUUGCACAGACACACAAACAGGUCUGUGAUGAUAUCGAUGAGUGUAAAGGCCCGAAUAACGGAGGCUGCACUGCCAACUCAGUCUGCCAGAACUCCAUGGGAUCCUACCGUUGCGGAGGCUGUAAAACAGGAUUCACAGGUGAUCAGGUUAGAGGAUGUAAGCCAGAAAUGAGCUGCGGGAAUCGCCUACAGAACCCCUGCGAUCCCAACGCUCAGUGUAUUGAGGAACGGGACGGCACCAUCACCUGCCUGUGUGGAAUCGGCUGGGCUGGAAAUGGUUACUUGUGUGGAAAAGACACAGAUAUCGACGGAUACCCGGAUGAGAAGCUUCGCUGCCGAGACCCCACAUGCAAGAAGGAUAACUGUCUUACAGUGCCAAACUCAGGACAGGAGGAUGCGGACUCAGAUGGACGGGGUGAUGCGUGCGACCCAGACGCUGACGGAGAUGGAAUACUAAAUGAGCAGGAUAAUUGCUGGCUGAAGCCGAAUGUAGACCAAAUAAACAGCGAUAAGGAUAGCCAUGGUGACGCCUGUGAUAACUGUGUUACCACGGAGAAUCCAGACCAGCGGGACACUGAUUCAGAUGGCCUUGGGGACGAAUGUGACGACGAUAUGGAUGGAGAUGGUAUUAAGAACUUCCUGGAUAAUUGCCAGCGAGUGAAGAACAGGGAUCAGAAGGACCGGGAUGGAGAUGGAGUGGGAGAUGCCUGUGACAGCUGCCCAGACAUCCCCAAUCCCAACCAGUCGGACAUUGAUAAUGACCUUGUUGGAGACUCUUGUGAUACAAACCAAGACAGUGAUGGUGACGGACAUCAGGACUCAAAAGACAACUGUCCACUAGUGAUAAACAGCUCUCAACUGGACACUGAUAAAGACGGUCUGGGUGACGAGUGUGACGACGACGAUGAUAACGACAACAUCCCUGAUUUACUGCCCCCAGGCCCCGAUAACUGCCGCCUGGUCCCCAACCCUGACCAGAUAGAUGACAACAACGACGGUGUAGGGGAUGUGUGUGAGUCAGACUUCGACCAAGACAAGGUGAUCGAUAGAAUCGACAACUGCCCAGAAAAUGCAGAAAUCACCCUGACAGACUUCAGAGCCUACCAGACUGUUGUUCUGGAUCCCGAGGGCGAUGCCCAGAUUGAUCCUAACUGGGUUGUUCUGAAUCAGGGAAUGGAGAUUGUGCAAACAAUGAACAGUGAUCCUGGUCUAGCUGUGGGUUACACAGCAUUCAGCGGUGUUGAUUUUGAGGGCACCUUCCAUGUGAACACGGUGACCGACGAUGACUACGCUGGCUUCAUCUUCGGCUACCAGGAUUCGUCCAGUUUCUAUGUGGUGAUGUGGAAACAGACAGAGCAGACGUACUGGCAGGCCACACCUUUCCGAGCUGUCGCUGAGCCUGGCAUUCAGCUGAAGGCAGUGAAGUCAAAGUCUGGCCCAGGGGAACACUUGCGAAAUUCCCUCUGGCACACAGGUGACACCAACGACCAGGUGCGUUUGCUGUGGAAAGACCCACGCAAUGUUGGCUGGAAGGACAAAGUCUCAUACCGCUGGUACCUGCAGCAUCGCCCACAAGUCGGGUACAUUAGGGUUCGGUUCUACGAGGGCACACAGUUGGUGGCGGACUCUGGAGUGACAAUCGACACAACAAUGAGGGGCGGCAGGCUGGGAGUUUUCUGCUUCUCUCAGGAGAACAUUAUCUGGUCCAACCUGAAGUACCGCUGCAAUGACACCAUCCCAGAGGACUUCCAGGAGUUCAGCACGCAGCAAAUCUUGGAUCCUCUGUAAAUACCGAACACACCUCCCUCUGCACUCAGCCCUGUGUGUGUGAGUCAUUGUGUGUGAGACCAAUCUGUACAAAAUGUACAUGUCUAGGGUUGGAAUAUGUGUAUACACAAUGUGUAUGCCUUAAGAAUUUGCUAAUUUGUACUGUUUAAAACUAUUACUCGCAAAUAACUUCCAUUUAUUAUCCUGCGCAAAGGUGCUAGAAUCAUUCCUGCUUUCUUAACAUUUGGAAUCGGCCUGUGGCAGAACCUUCUCCGACCCUCGUCCUUCCUGAAGUGGAAGAAAACCAAAAUUCAAUUGCCUAAAGGCUAUGGAAACACGGCACAUUCCGGACAUUUUCUUGAAUUAACUGUGGAAGUGUAGAAAUCUAAUCCAUGUUGGAACGGAAAAGGAUCCGUUUCCGUACAUAUUCAAACCCUGGAUUAAAAUGAAUUCUUAGAAAAAUUAAAGCUGUCAGUCUACAGAGCCACAGCUUACAUUUCUGUCCAAAGCUGUUCACUGGUUUUAGCCUUUCACGCUUCACCUGCCUUCUUUAGUGACACGUGUGUAAUCACAGAUUUAUGUAAUCAGCUACAUUCGCACCAGGAGAUUAAGGCCAUUUAUCUUUGAGCACAAACACAGACCUCUUCUAAAAACAUAACCAUUCUUGCACCCAGAACAGCUUGUGCUUUCACCAUCAUGAAGAUGUUAACUGUGCUAUGACAAAUGCAAUUAGUGAUGCUAAAGAUAGGCUAAAGAUUUUCAUGUUUCUUUUUUUAUGAUACAGAAAAUACCAUUAAAGCUCAAAGACUGAGGAAGAA